AAGAAACAGAUCAAACAUGGAAGAACUUCAGAAUCAACAACACCUUUCUCUAGCCGACCAACAACACCAACACAUGGUUCUUCUCCGAUUCAUCUUCUCCGCAAUGCCCCUCACAAACGAAGCAGAAGCGUCGACGAAAGCUUUGCGAAUUCGAUAUCACCAAGAAACUCUGAUUUCGAUUCAUGGGAUCCUUAAUCUCAACACGAAAAUGCAGAGACUUCGAAUUCAAAUCAUCGUUCUAGGUGACCAAGACCUGGUGACCAGGCCAGGACCGUUGUAUGUUGCAAUACCAGAUGGCAGAUACGUUGUAUUGGGGUCAAAAAAGGUCAGUGCUAUAACGCCAACAAGUCCUUUGUCAAUUGGACAAACUCUCACCUCCCCUAAUGGAGUUUUUGAACUGGGGUUUUUCAGUCCUAAUAACUCUCAGAACUUGUAUGUUGGAAUCUGGUUCAAGGGUAUCCUUCCCCGGACAGUUGUGUGGGUGGCCAAUAGAGAAAAUCCUGUUACAGACUCCACGGCGAAUCUAGCUAUCAGUAGCAAUGGAAGUCUUCUCUUAUUUGAUGGCAAACAUGGCAUUGCCUGGUCCAUUGGAGAAACUUUUGCAUCUAACGGGUCUCGUGCAGAGCUUUCAGACAGCGGAAAUCUUUUAGUCUUAGACAAAGUUUCGGGAAUAACUCUAUGGCAAAGCUUUGAGCAUCUUGGUAAUACUAUGCUACCUUACUCCUCCCUGAUGUAUAACCCCGCCACUGGUGAGAAGCGGGUAUUGUCUUCUUGGAAAAGUUACACCGAUCCAUCGCCUGGUGAGUUUGUAGAUCAUAUUACAACGCAAGUGCCACCACAGGGGUUUAUUAUGAGAGGCUCGAAGCCUUAUUGGAGAAGCGGUCCAUGGGCUAAAACAAGGUUUACUGGCGUACCACUAACGGAUGAAUCAUACACACAUCCAUUUAGCGUUCAGCAGGAUGCAAACGGGUCAGUAUACUUCUCUCAUUUACAAAGGAACUUCAAACGUUCAUUUUUAGUAUUAACAUCAGAGGGGUCACUGAAGGUUACUCAUCAUAAUGGCACGGACUGGGUAUUGAACAUUGAUGUUCCAGCUAACACAUGUGAUUUUUACGGUGCAUGUGGACCUUUUGGAUUGUGUGUAAUGUCCAUUCCUCCAAAGUGUAAAUGCUUUAAAGGCUUUGUACCACAAUUCAGUGAGGAAUGGAAAAGAGGAAAUUGGACUGGUGGUUGUGUGAGGCGUACUGAACUACAUUGUCAAGGAAACUCUACUGGGAAACAUGUAAACGUCUUCCAUCCUGUUGCCAACAUAAAACCUCCAGACUUUUACGAAUUUUUGUCCUCCGGGAGUGCAGAAGAAUGCUACCAAAGUUGCCUCCACAAUUGUUCGUGCUUAGCCUUUUCUUAUAUUAAUGGAAUAGGGUGCUUAAUCUGGAACCAGGAGCUAAUGGAUGUAAUGCAAUUCUCUGCGGGAGGAGAGCUUCUUUCUAUACGUCUUGCAAGUUCUGAAAUGGGUGGAAACAAGCGGAAGAAGACCAUUACUGCUAGUAUUGUUAGCAUUUCUCUUUUUGUGAUACUGGGUUCUGCUGCGUUUGGUUUCUGGAGAUACAGAGUGAAACAUAAUGCAAUUGCAUCGAAGGUUUCUUUACAAGGUGCAUGGAGGAAUGAUUUGAAAUCAGAAGAUGUCUCAGAAUCAUGGAAAAUGGGUGCUCUGUGGUCAACAUUGGAGAUUGUUCUUGGACCCCGAAGAGAGCACAUGGGGAUGACGAGGUUUGCUUGUUUUCUCUUGUUUACCUUGCUCUUAAGUUUUAGCUAUGCAGCUAUAACGCCAAUGAAUCCUUUGUCAUUAGGACAAACUCUCAGCUCCUCUAAUGAGGUUUAUGAAUUGGGGUUCUUCAGUCCUAAUAACUCCCAUAAUCAGUAUGUUGGAAUCUGGUUCAAGGAUACCAUUCCUCGGGUCGUUGUGUGGGUGGCCAAUAGAGAGAAGCCCGUUACAGACUCCACGGCAAAUCUAGCUGUAAGCAGCAAUGGAAGUCUUCUGUUAUUUAAUGGGAAACAUGGCAUUGUGUGGUCCAGUGGAGUAGCUUUUGCUUCUAGCAGGUGUCGUGCAGAGAUUUUAGACAGCGGAAAUCUAGUUGUCAUAGAUAUUGUUUCGGGAAGAACUCUAUGGCAAAGCUUUGAGCAUCUUGGUGAUACUAUGCUACAUUCCUCAUCCCUGAUGUAUAACCUUGCCACCAAUGAGAAGCGGGUGUUGACGUCUUGGAAAAGUUACACUGAUCCAUCAGCUGGCGACUUUGUGGGUGAGAUUACAUCGCAGGUGCCAUCACAGGGGUUUAUUAUGAGAGGCUCGACGCCUUACUGGAGAAGCGGUCCAUGGGCUAAAACAAGGUUCACUGGCCUACCUGUAAUGGAUGGAUCAUUCACAGAUCCAUUCAGCCUACACCAGGAUGUAAACGGGUCAGGAUACUUGUCUUAUUUUCAAAGAAACUACAGACUUACACGAUUAAUUUUAACAUCAGAGGGAUCAAUUAAGAUUUUUCGGCAUAAUGGAAAGGACUGGGAACCUUACUUUGAAGUUCCGGCGAAUUCAUGCGAUAUUUACGGUGUAUGUGGACCAUUCGGGCUGUGUGUUGCGUCAGUACCUCCAAAUUGUAAAUGCUUCAAAGGGUUUGUUCCUAAAUCCAUUGAGGAGUGGAAAAGAGGAAACUGGACUAGUGGUUGUGUAAGGCGUACUGAAUUACAUUGUCAAGGAAACUCUACUAGCAAAGACGUCUUCUAUCCUGUUGCCAACAUAAAGCCUCCAGACUUUUACGAAUUUACAGAUUCUGUGGAUACUGAAGAAUGUUACCAAAGUUGCCUCCACAAUUGUUCCUGCUUGGCCUUUUCUUAUAUUCAUGGAAUAGGGUGCUUAGUGUGGAACCAGGAUUUAAUGGACACAGUGCAAUUUCCUGCCGGAGGAGAACUUCUUUCCAUUCGUCUUGCACAUUCUGAACUAGGUGUGGCAAAAAAGCUAAUUACAGCCUUUUCUAAGUUUCUUCCACUCCAAUGAUAGUGUUCUCUUUAGUAGUAGCAUGGCUUAUUGUUUAUUUUUGUUUAUAAAUCUCAGAUGGAAAU